UUUUAAUUUAUAGCGGUAAGCAAAUAGUAGCAUAGACUGUAGAGCACUAUUUUUAAGCUAGUCUGGUAAGUAUUUAUUAUAAAGAUCAAAAGUUAAGAUCAAACAUAGUGUUAUUUGUCUUAGAGCAGAAAGAAAGAUUUUUAGCUUUACUGAUAAGCAUUAGUAUAUUCUGUUGCAACCAAAAUCUUAGUAUAAAAUGGUAAGAAAUUACCCAGCUACAGAUGAAAUAUAUAGCAGAUGUGGGACCGACUACUUUUUAUCGCACCCAGCCAUCUUAGUCUUCUCCUGAGCAACCAUAAAAGAAUAAUUUAUAUAUAACAUGAAUAAUAAUGUAGAAGACAGAAACAAAGUCUGUGUCAUAGCAGUGACAUUACUUGGUUUGAAUCAAUUAGAAGGGUAAUUAUGGUAAAUGCUGUAAAAGUCCCUGCUUGAAGCUGUGACCUGAUUUUUCCUCAUUCCUCUUUUGUAUUGCAGCUAGAUUAAAAAUGAUUGGUUUGCUGUGUUCUGUCAUACAAUUAACAUUUCCUUAUUAUUAAAGUUACACCUACACUUAGAGUAAGUUAUAGAUUUUAUGAUGAGGAUGUUCCUGCCAAUGAAGCUCUCCAGGAUAACCAUAUACUUAAUCCAUCAUUCCCAACUUGUACUACCAUCGAGAUUUGUGGGAAUCCCAGGCUAGAGCGAGACGAACUCAGAUCUGAGCUACAAAAAGAAAACGACUCAUGCAGCCCGCUGUGUUGCACAAAAUUCAGCAAAGCUGAUACUAUAAAAUCUUGGUAUUCCAUUUCCUAGAAGCUGUCUGAAACAAUCCUAGAGCUGCAGGCAAUUUCUUCAGGAAGCUCUUGGACGACAGAGGAGUUUUCUUCAGAAGACUGGAAAAGAGCAAACACGCUGCCUGUCUCUUAAGAAGGUGGAAAAGGAGAAGUUGGGAGAUGGUAGAUCACUAAGGCUGCCUUCAGUAUUUGGAAAAAUAUUUGAAUCACGCACUGAAGAAUCUGUUGCAAGCACCCAGAAGACAACUCAGCAGGGAGAAAUGACCAACGACAGUGUGGAAUGCGACUUUAAAGUCAUCGACAAGUUAGCAGUCAACAUCCAGUUUGGGAUCUCCAUCCCCACCUUCAUUCUCGGCUUGCCUCUCAACGUCCUAGCCCUCUCCAUAUUCUGCCGCUUUUGGAGCAGACAGACCAAAACCUCAGUCUACAUGAUCAAUCUCGCACUUGCAGAUAUCCUGCUGCUUCUCUCACUCCCGCUUAAACUGUACUACUCUACUAAAGAAGCACCUGGACUCCUGUGUGCCUUUAUCCAGUCUCUGUACUUUGUCAAUACGUACGGCAGUAUCUUCAUCAUUGUCUGCAUUACUGUUGACAGAUAUAUCUGCAUAAGGCACCCAUUUGAAGGUCGGGCUAACCAAUCCCCCAAGUGGGCAAUCUUGAUUUGCUGCUUCAUCUGGGCAGUAACUUGGAUUUGCAGCAGCCCAAUGUAUGUGUUUCAAGAGAAAGAUGAAUUACUUUGUUUUCACAACAUGUCAAAACAGGCCUGGAGCAUUCCCUAUAUUGUUUCUGUGGAGAUCUUUGGAUUUCUGAUCCCACUCUCAGUGAUAACUUUCUGCUCUGCCCAAAACAUCUGGAUUCUUCUGAAUCACAAAAACCGUGCUAAAAGGAAAACAGAAGACAGAGGCUCCUUACUAGUAAUUAUCAUCAACCUUGUGGUGUUUUUGGUGUGUUUCACACCUGUCCAUCUUGCGAUCUGCCUACAGUGCCUGGUGAGACAGCACGUGAUAGUGGACUGCAGUCUGAAACAAAAAAUCAGCCUCUUCAUUCAGGUGUCAAUGAUGUUUGCCAACCUGAACUGCUGUCUCGAUACCAUCUUCUAUUACUUCGCUGUAAGAGAAUUUCGUGAGAAAACACACCUGAAAAAAAUUAUUGAACUGUGUCCUGUCUUUAAGCCUUGUGCCACAUGAUGGGACUUCCUGCAGUGGAAGAAUGCCUCUUCCCUAGCUGCCACUUGCCUUGCAAGGGGGACACUGACAGCAUUAUUCUAGACAUAGCAGUAAGGUCGCCUUGGCCAUUGCAAGGAGGCUGCAGAACUGAGAAGGACAUUUUUUUUCUCAUGAAUGUGAAUAUUUUUCUUCCCUUAAGAUGAAAGGAAGAAUGCUGGAAAAAAGAAUCUGCAUUACGAAAGCGACAGUGACACCAAAAGAAGCAUUAGCAUUGAUGCUACCUACUGAACGUGAAAGGUUUGCCAGAGGAAAACUACCCAGACCACUGGAAUGCCCGUUAAAAUCAGCCUUUGUCACAGCUGUAACAGUUUUCCUUUUGCCAAUGUGAUCAGAAACUUUUUUUGCUAAGGGCCAGUCAAACACAGAAAUAACUAUUUAAAACCUUCUUGCUAACUUAGAAGGUAACUAAGAGCUUAAAGGAAAGUAUCUGGCAAAAGUCCGGCUCUGCUCUUUCCUUCAGUAAACCUUACAGAAGGUCUCUGUCAGAACUCAUUUGCUUUGGACAGCUUGGCUGGCCUGCAAUAACACAGAGCCACCCCUCCCAUAAGCAUUAUACACCAGUUGGGGCUGUUACGCAGGACAGCAGCCCCUGCUUUUCCACAGAGGACAGCUUACCUGGUAUACAACCCUGUACCUUGGGUAACAGUAAUGAGCAACAAACAUUUCUGAUAAUCUUUGCUGAGGAAUCAGAAUGGUUCUUGAAAUUUUAAAUUUUAAAUUUCUCCUUCCAUUUCAAAACUGGUUUUGCACAUGAAAAACAUAAGAAUCCCUUCACAUAGUGCAUUUAGUGAAAGGUUGUACAUGAACUGUAGGUGAUCAUCACUGUAUUUCUGCCAAAGAUAUAACAAGAUACAUGUAUGAAAUUCUUCUGUCUUCUUUCUUGGAAAAGAGGAAUUAGGGAAGCAAGCACAGCAUCAUGGAAAUAUAGUUUGGAAGCACUUGUCUGAUGUACUCCUGGCUCACAGAUGAAAGACUGGAUCAACUCUGUGCCUCUCAUUCCUCGAGGAAGCCCUCCUAGCCUGUGCUUUGUAUUUCACAAAAUGUCUCUGGAUGUGCCUUAACCAUCCUCAGUCAGCCCUUCGGGUAUAUCACCACCCUUGGGCCAUUUGUAAGUUUGGCUCUAAGCUGAAACUAAAGGCUUCCUUCUUGCAAUUUAAGCCUGCCAUUUCUUGUGCUAUUAUAUUGCCAUGGCUCCUGCUCUUACCCAGAUGCACUUUCACAUCAAGAAACCCAUUUUUGUCUCUUUAUAAAACAGCUGUAAAAAUGUUUAAAAUUGCUUGAAAUGAGGUCUUCAUUCUAGGGCAGAUGUUCACUUUAUUCAAAAUGUGAAAAGAAAGCAGCUUCUGUCUCAUGCAAGUUAAAAAGACAUGGGGUUAGUUUUGAAAAUACAAUUUUCAGUCAAUCGAUUUCUUGAAUAAAUGACUGAUGGUGCAAGUAGACAGCUGUACACACCUAAUACUGGACUUAAUGUGGGAUUGUUUUAAAACCUGUUAGUACUAAAAGUAUUAACACAGCUGAGGCAUGAAAUUUGCUCAGACACAAGGGUUUUUGUAAUCACUUUUGCCAUUAUCUGCAGAUGUGCAGGAGGAAGAGGUUUACAAAACAGUAGGUGUUCAAAACAUUAUUUGCUACUGCCUCGGUCAUUCAGGAACUUGCAACCUUUUCAAUAUGAGUUAGCUUGUUUUGUAGCUUUCAUAUUACUUUGCAUAUGAAAUGUGUGUGUUGGAAAGAACAUGUUCUACUUAAUAAACUAUAUGUGAAGUGUAUGAUAUAAAAAUACAUUUUAAUUCCCCAGUCUGACAG